AUGGCUCUGAUGCAUUAUUGGAGAUUCUCUGCUUUCUCGGAAUUGCAGUGCUACCGUCUUGGAGCCUUUUAUGAUAUCAUUGAGGGUGGACGUCGAUCCAUGGUGGCUUUGAGUCUACUUGAGAUCCUAUUUAGAGUUGAUACGCCUUCGGACAAUCUUGCUAGUUAUGCCCUUGUACUCACUACUUCUUGUUCAGGGUAUGAGUCGACUUACCUACUGCCGGUGGUGCCUGGACCAGCUCCGCCACCAUCCGGACUGGCUGUGUUAGUAGAUCUUCAGCUAGCUAUUGCACAACUUUUGACAGCUCUUGGGGGAAUGCAACAAGCCCCAACUGCAAUACUAGCACCUGCACCUAUACCAGUACCUACACCUACACCUGCGCCAGUACUGACACCUAUAGCUGCACCAGUAUCGGCACCUGCACUAGCACCAGAUUAG